UGGCAGGACAGACCUCCGUAAUGAUCCACGCGUGGUGCUGGAGAGCAUCACCACCAUCCACUGAAUACCAACUAGAGCAUCAGGCGGACGUGUCCUACUGACAACAAACACUAAUACAAGGACGUGAGAGCUGGGAUAAAGAACAAAACACUGACAAUUCCGCAGCUAAAACUACUACUUGCGUCGUAGGACGAACUGCACAAAGGACACUGACUGUAAGCAGAACGAGUACGUGCAACCCAAGUUCGGACCGAUGUGGAGACCGCUGGGCGUUAUCGUCCGGGCUGCCAUGGUUACGCUGUAAGAGGUAAAAGGUAAAAGGGUCGUAUUUAGUGUAACAUUGUGUUUUUAACGUAACUGCAAUCAUGGGCUCUAGGCUCAGCCGACAAAACAGUCUCGACAACGAGAAUUUUUCAAAGAGGCGACGGAAGCAUCUAGACAGCACGGGAGAGAGCGAUCGGAGCGGAGACUUCUUGUUUACAUCCCUGAUGCUCAGGACGGAUAAGCUGCCGGGAGUGCUGAGGAGAGCCAACCACAGCCCGUAUGUCAGACGAGUCGCCUGGAUCCGAGAGAUUCAGAAGCUUCUCCAGGAGAGGAAGAUAGAAGAGGCGACGGACGUGCUCAAACUGUUGAGGAAGGACUUGGGAUUAGAGGGUACGUCACUCAAUGAUAUCCUCUAUAAGAACGCAUCAUUCCUUAACCUGGUGGACCCCAUAUCUCAUGAACUCCUACUGAGUCUGGCUAGAGACAUGCAGUGCCCAAAGAAGGACUUGGAGACACUGAAGUCAACUGAUAAAAUCUGCAGACAGCUCAUCUACCACCUGACCCCUCACUCCAAGUGGCUUAGAAAAAGUAUGACACGGCGAAAGGCCCAGGCCUGUCUUAAAACAACACUUCAGAAGAAGCUCUGUAGCGACUCGGUGGACCUCUCUGGCAUCCCUUUAUCAACUCGCGACAUACGGCAUGUGGCGUAUUACCUCCAGACCAGUGGGGGCGCUGUGAUAUCCGUAGAUCUUAGUUUCACUGAGCUCCGGGACGAGGGCCUACGUCUACUUCUGCCCUUCCUGGGUGCAUUGCCCAAACUCACAACACUGGCUCUCAAUGGGAACCGUCUGACUCUUGGCAUCCUUAAAGAUCUGAGUGAAGCCCUCAAAGAAUCCAAGAAGUUCACAUGUCUUGCCUGGAUUGACCUGGGCAACAAUGUGGACAUAUUUACCAUGCCACAGCCUCUUCUGGUGGCCCUACGGCGACGCUGUAGUCUAAAGAGCAGUCUGCCCACCAUCUAUGAGUACACCGAGGGUCAGCCCUAUUGCUACCACAUGGAGAGUUCCAUUGAAGAACCCAGCCACUACGAAGAAGAGGAGGACGAAGACGACGAGGAAGAGGAGGACCUGGAGCCAUGGAGCAUUGGGGAACAGAAAAGUUCAGGUAGUUUUACCCUGCGCCAUUGCGAGAGGUGAACCAAUCACGUUCAUCUGACGAUGGGAUAAAGAAAGAAUGGGAGAGCGCAAGCAAGAGAUUUCUCUUCUCUCUGUACCAUUUCUCCCAAUCAACACCUUUUACCAUCUCCCUCCUCCACCGCAGCUCCAUGACCUUCCCAUUGUGGUUAUGUGUGAACCAACAGCAUCACAUUUAAAGAGCCACCUAACCACCUGAACGCAGCAAACGGUGAAACACGCCAGUUUGAAACGCUCUCAAAGCUUCACCAUUGACUUACUGUGUUGGCAGAUGACGCUCCUUGACUCAAGGUGAGGGUUCAUUGGAGGGGGCCACAGAGAGUCGCGUUAAAGAUGCUUUCUUACGCCCCUCUUCGGUCACAAAGAACCAGUGACGGACAGGAAAAAAUGCGAAUAAAAAAUCCCAGAGUCAGUCGACUGGUUGAUGCAUACCAACGGUGGAUUCGAAGCUCUACGGAUCCUGCUUUUAACUAAGGUAUGGUUUUGUGGGGUCGGGUCAGGUUUGGUCGUAUUUGUCAGUGUUGCAUUGCUGAGGCCGUCUCUGCCGCAGCAGACUGGACCUAUCACCACUCUGUGUGUGCUCUACUAAUCUCCCAACAAAAGCCAUGAAACCAGCUCAACAGACUAUAACAGCCGACCCACGUCACGUGACGCAAGCAAAACUGCUAUGUCAAGACUUUUGCUUUUUCCCCCCCUUUCCAAAAUGUUCACUUGUGAAUACCCGCGCACCACUUGUCAUGUAGUUGUGAAUGAUGAUGAAUUGCCAGCGGCUUGUUUUUGUUGUCUACUAAUGAUGAACAAAGCUAUCUUAGAAGACAACAGGUACAUUUCAACACGGUUUUUAUUGUAUAAGAUACAUUUUUUGUUGUAUAUGAAGGUUUACUGAAUGAUAACAUCUUCUUAUUUAUGUUUAAGUCUGCAUCCUAAAUAUACCUCUUAAAAUAUGUCUUGAUGUCUCAAAGCUGUGCUGUUCCCUUUGGAAUGGUCCAAUGAAAUAUGGCGUUUAAUUUUACUACAUUUCCGUAUGGUGAAUUUUAAUAUCUACAUACUAGUCUCGAUUAGUCACAUCUGGUACACUUUACUAAAACUUUGUUAACUGUUCUUAACCUCAUGCUCAAAAUAAUCUUGGUUUUUAAAUCUAAUUUUGGCAGACAAGUCAUUAAUGUCAAAAUAAAUGGACCUAGAGCUAAUGAUUGUUCCAUGGCCUUUGAUUACCUGAGCACUUUAGUCUGUUUUUCAUCAGGUUUGUGACUGAAAAGCUUGUUGUAGCAUUGCCGUCUUGUAACACGACAUUUUUACGUUAUUCUGAAACAAAAACGAGCCAAACAAAUAGUUACUGUACUAACCAGCACUUAGUUAAAUGUCAGUGUUAUUUAUGAUAUAUGUAUUAUUUUAAAUGUGUCAGCUGUGUUUAAUGUUAUCUUAAUGUUUUCUCAGUGUUGUCGUUGACUUCAGACUAUUAUAUUAUAUGUAAUAUUCCACACCAACCAUCAUCACAGGGCCUCAGCAAAUUCAAAUUAUAUGCAAAAUAACCUUUCCAAGACUGGAUAUUAAAAUAAUCUGGACUAUCUUUGCAUUUGUUGUUUGGCCCUGUGUCUAGAUCAUUACAAUUACCAGGCUUUUGAUGUGAUUAUCUGGGAUGUUUAACCUGCGUAAUGCUGUAUCUGUUACUCAUAAACACUAUGACGGUGUCAAUACCCACAAUGCUAAGUACACUAAUAUACUCAGUGGCAGGUUUUUGAUAGAGGGCAGCUUAUUUGUCAUGUUGUUUGUGUAAGUCUCUGUCUGUGUCAUAUACAGUGUCCUCUUAAUCUGUACUUCAAACAUCAUGUAUUAAACAGUUUAUAAUACUGACUGUUCAACGCUUCUGUAAUAAACUUUUAUUGAUAACACCAUGGGUGUGGUAAAAUAA